AUGAAUGUCGCUGAGCUUUGGAUUGGUGCAGAGAUGGUCAGUGAUGCAGCGACGAUUGUUUCUCAAGAAGUACUCGAUGUAUUGCAUGAUGGGGUAGGCCUCAACGUAAAUGGUCCAGUAGAGGAUGCUCAGAUUUGCUGGGUUAGAUUGGCGCUGGGAGUUGAUGUUGAAAAAUUGAAGCAAGAUAGCACCGUCAUUAAAACUGAAGCCUUCGAUUUCCAUAGCGCCUGCAGUUUUACUUCCUUAACGAAGAACAAGGAAAUGGCAAGCGGUAAAUUGGUUGUGCAUAGGCACUUGAAUGGUGUUCCAGAUGAUGUGCUUCCCUCCUGUCGAUAUUACUGUGAGGUAAAUGGAACAGUGAAGUUAAUCGAUGAAGAUCAAAGAGCUGUAUUUGAUAGAAUUUGUCAACAUAUUACUGCCAAUAGUAUUCAUUGCUUAGCUUUUGCUUAUCAACCAGUUGUGGAGUCAGAAGAAGGAGAGGAACAGCAAUUGGAAGAAAAAAAGGAAAUUGACAAAUUCACAUGCAAUGAUGGAUUCAUCUUAUUAGGCAUCGUGGGUUUCAAGAAUCCAUAUCCACUGGAGCUGAAAGAGGCUGUACAAGCCUGCCGUGACGCUGGUAUUGGCAUCAAACUAAUUCUCAAUGAAGACAGAAAUAUAGGCAGGUUCAUUGCUGUCAACUCCGGAAUCAUCAGCCAUGGAGAUUUACAAAAAGCGGUGGUUGAAGCAGCCGAAUUCAGGAGCCUCUCAGAUGAAGGGCGAGAAAGAUUGAUUGAUCAUAUCCAGGUGAUGGUAAAUUCUACUCCAGUUGACAAGCUGCUGAUGGCACAGUGCCUAAAAAAGAAAUUUGAUGCAGUAAUGGUUAUCAGCGACAAUAGUAUGGACUUCCCAUCAUUGAAAGAAGCAGAUAUUGGACUUUUAAUGGGAAGCGGAGGCGAAAAUGCUAUAUGCAGUGAGAAUUCUGAUGAUGAGAUAGUGGUUAUGGAUAGAAGUUUUGCUACUGUUGCUUCCAUUUUAAGAAGGGGAAGGCAUGCGUACAGGAACAUGCAAAAAUUUGUCCAAUUACAUCUCACUGCCAUGAUUGCUGCAGUUGCGGUAAACUUCAUUACGGGGAUUCCCUCCGGAGAAAACCUCUUUUCACCGCUACAGGUUUUGUGGGUUAGCCUAAUCAUUGUUGACGCCCUCGGCGCCUUGGCUCUUGCAACCGAUCAACCUAACCAAAUUUCUUCAUUGCCUAUGCCUUUAAUCCAUGGUGCUGGUUCAUCACUCAUAACCAGAAUUAUGUGGAAAAAUAUUAUGUUUCAAGUUAUAUAUCAGAUUAUCAUAUUUAUAGUCUUGCACAACAAAGGAAGUGAAAUAUUUCAUGUGGAGCAAGCAGUGGUGGAUGCUAUGAUCUUUAACAGUUAUGCUCUGUGCCAGAUUUUUAUAUUGUUGAACGCAAGAGAGAUUGAGAAGACUAACAUUCUUGAGAACCUUCACAAGAACUCACGGUUUUUAUUGGCGGUACUAGCUAUGGUUCUUCUACAGUUCACAUUCAUACAAAUUUUCACACAUUUCAGUCCUGGGGCUAAGCUAGGCCCGCAAAGUUGGUUGGUCUGUGUUGCCAUAUCAUCUCUAUCAUUGCCUAUUGGUUUUGUGGUUAAGUGUACGCAGUUUUAUGGGUAA